CUAGGUUGUGAAUGAGGGGUACCUGGAAACCGCCCUAACAUUAUUGUGCGUGUUCAGUAUCUUUAGCGAAACUUUCUAAAGAAGCGAGUCGAUGUUCCAGGCAGAGCUGUAACGUUGUUGAGAGAAGCGAAAUACAGUCAAUUGUAGUACUAACUGAGGACACUGUAAAAUCUGUCUGUUGCAACUCCGAGGAUUUUAUGUAUUAAGCAAGAAAUUCUUUACAAAAGCUGUCACCGUACCACCGUAACACGUAUUAAGUGGUAGGGAACAGUAGGAGGAAUAGCUGGUUCUACGAAGAGAAGAAACUCAAAGGGAUUAAAAAUACGGCUUUGAGCACAGGAAUGGACUAAAGAAAGCUUCAUAUAAAACACAGGUUUGAUAUACUGAACUUUGAUUACUAAAAUAUGUUUUGAAACCUUAAAAAUUGCCAUCUUCAAAAGGACACGAAUUGCUGAGUAGAAUCAUUCGAUUUCCUCUAAAAUCUUAGUGAGAACUUUUAAUUGUGUUCAGAUCAUUUUUCGCAUACGCAUCGUAGGCUGGGCAAAUGAUAGUGCUUUUAAAGUGGAGACAACAUCGCACGUAAUCUACAAGAACUGUGCACCGCUGCUCCAUAAAAAGCGACCCAGGCUUGUGUCCGUAUAUGCAGCUGUUUCACUCAUGUAAGCCAGAGGUAAAGCGCUUUGAAUGAGGAUCGCGUCAAGGACGUUUGGACGAAAUAUUUUGAACGGAAUUUCGGCUCUGUGAGAAGCAGCGGAGGAGAGUUUUAUUCAAACAAAGUAUAAUCGCAACAUCUGCAUAGUAAAGGCACCCAAACAAGGUAAAAGCAAUUGGCCUAACUUUUUUUUUUUUUUUAAAAGUCGCCUGCUGUCUUCAUUUUUCACUUUACUAUGGCAGCGUCAGAGAUUGGAGAUCGGACUGGGAUUGCCUGGUGUGUUCUGGUGACUGUAUGUUUAAUGGUUAAGCCGUGUUUCGGUCAGUAUCACGGAGAGAAGGGUAUCUCCGUUCCAGAACACGGCUUCUGUCAGCCCAUUUCUAUUCCCCUCUGCACGGAUAUUGCCUACAAUCAAACGAUCAUGCCGAAUCUUUUGGGGCACACGAAUCAGGAGGACGCCGGAUUGGAGGUGCACCAGUUCUACCCCCUGGUGAAAGUGCAGUGCUCCACGGACCUGAAAUUCUUCCUGUGCUCCAUGUAUGCGCCCGUGUGCACGGUGCUGGAGCAGGCUAUCCCGCCGUGUCGCUCUCUCUGCGAGCGGGCACGGCAGGGCUGCGAGGCGCUCAUGAACAAGUUCGGCUUCCAGUGGCCGGAGCGACUCCGCUGUGAGAAUUUCCCCGUGCACGGAGCGGGAGAGAUCUGCGUCGGGCAGAACACCUCGGACACGGGCAGCCCCACCUCGUACCCCACGCCGUACGUCCCCGAGCAGAUCACGCUGCUUCCCAAUGUGCCCCGGUCGAAUCAGCCCUUCACUUGCCCUCUGCAGCUUGAAGUUCCCACUUAUCUCAAUUACUACUUUUUGGGUGUAAAAGACUGUGGGGCUCCUUGCGAACCUACCAAGCCCAAUGGACUGAUGUAUUUCCGCGAGGAGGAGGUGAAGUUUGGCCGACUCUGGGUCGGGAUUUGGUCCAUAUUGUGCUGCGUGAGCACCCUGUUCACCGUGCUCACGUACCUAAUAGAUAUGCGGCGAUUUAGAUACCCAGAGCGCCCCAUCAUCUUCCUGUCUGGCUGCUACUUCAUGGUGGCAGUGGCCUACGCCGCCGGCUUCUUCCUAGAGGAUAAAGUGGUCUGCAUCGAUAAGUUUAAGGAGGACGGCUACAAGACUGUGGCGCAGGGCACCAAAAAAGAGGGCUGCACUAUCCUGUUCAUGAUCCUGUACUUUUUUGGGAUGGCUAGCUCUAUUUGGUGGGUCAUAUUGUCUCUCACCUGGUUCCUCUCAGCAGGGAUGAAGUGGGGUCACGAAGCCAUCGAGGCAAACUCACAGUACUUUCAUCUGGCGGCCUGGGCGGUCCCGGCCGCUAAAACAAUAACUAUCCUCGCCAUGGGGCAAGUGGAUGGCGACCUUCUCACAGGGGUGUGCUAUGUGGGCAUAUUCAGCGUCGAUUCGCUGCGGGGUUUCGUCCUUGCUCCCCUCUUUGUCUACCUCUUUAUAGGCACGUCUUUUCUCCUCGCCGGCUUCGUCUCCCUGUUUCGGAUCCGGACGAUCAUGAAGCACGACGGCACCAAAACCGAGAAGCUGGAGAAGCUGAUGGUCCGGAUCGGAGUGUUCAGUGUCCUGUACACGGUUCCGGCCACCAUCGUGAUCGCCUGUUAUUUCUACGAGCAGGCUUUCCGUGAGCAGUGGGAGAAGACCUGGCACAUGCAGACUUGCAAGCGCUUUGCCGUGCCGUGCCCAGCCUACAACUUUGCUCCGAUGACCCCGGACUUUACGGUUUUCAUGAUCAAGUAUUUAAUGACCAUGAUUGUUGGCAUCACCUCGGGAUUCUGGAUAUGGUCGGGGAAGACGUUACAGUCAUGGCGCAGGUUUUACAAAAGGCUUAGUAACAGCAACCAAGGCGAAACGACGGUAUGAACUUUUGGAGACACGGUUGAGGAACAACGGAUCUAAACGGGGUUUGAAGAAAGCCAUCGCUUAGCAGACUGUAUCUGAGCUAAAAAGACUCGAAUCCGUAUUGAGCUCAGUGCCCCCCCCCCCCCAAACCCCCCUUUGCUCGACAUGAAAUCGUUCAGCAGGUUAAUUAUACUCCAGAAGUUUGUUUUCAUGCCCUCUGUAUGCUGGGUUUCAGCUUAGCUAAUGUUCACGUUUGUAUUUUCUUAUGUCUCAUUUCUGUGUGAACAGCCCUUCGGCCGAAGAUUACCAGAUCGUUUUUUUCCCCUUUUUGCUUGUGGAGAUUCUUUUAACGCUUCUGUUUUUUAAAAUUAGUUUUUCUAAUGUGCCAUAUUUUAGAUCAUUGUCUAAACGUGCCACCAGAUUAUGAGAACACUUGUUGCUGCUCCGGAAUGUUUAAGAUGUUCAAUAUGCUUUAAAACUUUGCAGAACCCCCUCCCCGCCCCCCGUUUCCCUUUGUGGGUGUAUUUGCUCAAGGGUCGCAUUAUCCCGUUCAUCUGCCCAGCUUCCGACAAAAUGACACAUCAUUUAAAUCACCCCGCUGUAGUGUUAUGCGUUAUAACACCAGAAAAGGCAGAGAUUAACAUUUUUUUCCCGUUUCUCAAAGUGUAGGAUUGCCUCCUAGAUCAUAAUUCAAGGGGAGGGUGGAAUGUUCAUUUUUGUUUUUUUGUGCUAUUAGAGAUUUAUUUGAAACGAAUAUGACUUUCGUUCGCAAGAAGUGUCCGCCUUGCCACUCAUAAAACACUUAAUUCUGUUUAAUCAUUCUUUGGUAUGUUCUCCAUACCCAUCUUCAGACAAUCACAUAUUCUUCCAGAAGGGCGGAUUUGCGUUCGAAUUGGAUAUCAAUUAUAUGCAUGUGUACAUCUGUUAAAUUAUGCAAAUUGCUACAUACACAUUUUGUAAAUAGUCGUCACCUUUUUUUAAAGAAUAUAUGUAUUUAUAAAAAUAAUCUUGGUGUUUUUUACUUGAUUUUUAAAAUAUGAUAAAAGACCUCAUUUGUAUAUGUACAGUUUCACCGAAUAAAGUAAUUAGAUUUUUACUUUUCAA